AUGGUCACCUACAAGCUAGUACUGAUCAGGUGUGGUGAGAGCAUGUGGAACCUGGAGAAUCACUUCAGCAGCUGGUACAAUGCCAAUCUAAUCCCGGUAGGCCACAAGGAGGCAAAGCGCAGCAGGCAGGCUCUGCGAGAUGCUGGCUAUGAGUUUGACAUCUGCUUCCCCUCAGUGCAGAAGUGAGCGAAGACCCUCUGGACAGUGCAAAAUGCCAUUGAUCAGAUGCGGCUGCCAGUAGUGAGGACUUGGUGCCUCAAGGAGUGGCAUUAUGGGGGUCUGACUGGCCUCAAUAAAGCAGAAACUUCUGUGAAGCAUGGUGAGACCCAGGUGAAGAUCUGGAGGCGCUCCUGUGAUGUCCCACCACCUCCGAUGGAGCCCGACCAUCCUUUGUACAGCAACAUCAGUAAGGAUUGCAGGUAUGCAGACCUCACUGAAGAUCAGCUAUCCUCCGGUGAGAGUCUGAAGGAAAUAGUUCCUCAGAUCAAGGAGGGGAAAUGGGUACGGACUGAAGCCCAUGGCAACAGCCUUCGGGGCCUUGUUAAGCAUCUGGAGGGUCUCUCUGAAGAGGCUAUCAUGGAGCUGAACCUGCCGACUGGUAUUCCCAUCAUCUAUGAAUUGGACAAGAACUUGAAGCCCAUCAAGCCCAUGCAGCUUCUGGGGGAUGAAGCAACUGUGUGUAAAGCCAUGGAAGCUGUGGCUGCCCAGAGCAAGGCUAAGAAGUGA